UUUUUUUUUGUUAUUCUCGCGAGCCAUCGUUGUGGAUUGUGGAGUGCGUAGACGACGGUUUUUUUUGCUUCAUUCAGGGAAAAUCUGAAGUGUUAAGUUCGUGCGGUGUUCGUUCAUGUUUUCUCUGUGCGACCAUUUGGAAGUGUGCAUCGUGCAGCAGCAGCAGUGUCAUUGAGAAGAAGUGUUUGAACAGAAACGUCGUCGUCGGACAAAAUUGUGUAGUUUAGUGGAAUGUGUUAAGUUGGUAGCCGUUCGAUUUGGUGCUACUGGACUAAGGAAAUCAGUUCGGUGUGUGUGAAGGAUCAAUUGAAACACGGUGAAGUGGGUGAGCCAGAAAGUGUGUCCAUUUCGGCCGGACGGAAACCACCCAGAUUUCACCCAUACCAAGUGUGGGGUGCAGAUUUCUAGAGACUUUCAAGGGGUCCCUCGUUUGCGCGUGUGGUGAAGCGUAAACUUCCGGAAACCACCAUCCACUUCCUGGAUAUUUUUCGGUUCGGUUCCUGGGAAUGGAGAACCACGACGUCCCUUUGUAGUGAUGCAGUUCCAUCAUCCAUCAUGGCCAUCGUCUAAAUUACUGUAUCAGUGGAUGGUGCGCGGCGUACCAUUCGCUUCUUGAAGGACCGAACGAACAGACGAACGGCGAAACCAAAAAGGAAUACGAGAAAAAUAGGAAUUUUCGGGUGAAUAACAAGUAAAAAACGACAACAACAACAACAACUGGAUAUUACAAAAACAAAAAUAACAACAACCACAUCCAGCCAAAGCUGGCCCCGUUCCGUCGUGAGUGGUGGUUCGUUUGCUUGAACUUCCACGGAUAGGUACCCGUGGGUUAGUCUCUUUCUGAGACUGUGUGAGUGUGCCUGAUUCCCCGAGAGAGUGCGUCCAAUCCACCAGGUUAGUUGUGGCCAUCAGCAAAUGUCGAAAGGCAGAAAAACACGGGAGUAAUACGGGAGUUUUCUAGCUGUUCCAAAAGGUCUGACAUCCUAUGUCGUUCCGUAAAGUCGUCGCGGAAGAACAACGGUGGACCACGGCUAGAGGACCGAAAAAUUGAAUCAGAAAAAUCCGUAGUGUGUAAGGAAAAUUGAGUCAUGUCAAGUGGGGCCGAAAUCCAAGUGCAGAAGAAAGUCGUAAAAGUUAAACGGAUGAGCACGAUGAUGUUUUGAGGAGGGCAAGGUCAGCAGGGGGAAGAGAAGAAAUCAAAAACCUGCUUCGAACCGGGACGAAGCAAAUUCUUUUUUUUUUGUCGGUCAGUCAAUCCGAAAACAAGCGGAUAAAAUUCCAGUUUCUGGGGCCCAGAAGUCAUUGCUUGCCAAAUUUAACAAGAAGAGAAGCGAAAAAGGUAUAAAAAAGUGGUUUAUAGCUUCCAGAAAUUGAAGUUUUUGCGAUACAUCCCUCUGCUUUGUGUGUCUCUGUGUGCGCGAAAUUGUCGAAAAAUCAUAAAAUAGUGAGUGUGUUCAUUGAUGUUAUAAUACUUCACGAGAAUCGCAAAUUUGGGUUUUCUUGGGGUCAAUUCUUUGCAUGGAAAAAGGAAAAAGGCGGUGCCCUAUUGGUUGUCGAAACCUUCGCUUUGUACCCUCUGAGAAGUGUGCUUUUUUGCUCGGAAAUCUAUAUGUAGCAUCCCACCCGGAGGAAUAGCAUAGAAGUAGCUAUCGGAUAGCUUGUGUGUGGCAGCACCCGGAAAAUAUUUACUAGCAAGUAGAGUGAACCGACCGCGCCUCACCUCGAAAUGGCCGAGGAGGAAUUGAUGGUGGUGCUGCGGAAGAGCGAGGAUGCAACGUUUGGAUUUUCGCUGCUGCGAACCGAAGGCUUUCCGCACGUCAUCUACGACAUCGUCGAGAAUUCGCCGGCCGCCGAAAGUGGAGAGGUCGAAGCCGGUGAUGUAAUCGUCCGAGUCAAUGGAACUGAUGUGCAUGGAUUCACCACAAAAGACGUGCUAAAAUGCCUCCGGCUUUCGACAGAUCCAGUUACGCUAGAGCUGAAAAGAGAUCCUAAAAUCAAAGCUCACGUCCGUAAGUACCUGGCCUCGGUGAGCAAUCAGCACGCGGACGGUCACCACUCGCAGAACUCGUCGAGUCCCUCGUCGCCGAUCCACAAUCGCCAUUCGCCGGCGUCACCCCUCUCGGAGCGAGGCCCCUCUCGGAUCCAAUCGCCCGCAGUAACCGGAGGUUCCGGUUCCGGCCGGUUCGGUCACCGUAUCAGUUCUUCCGAUCCGUCGUGCCGCCCCUCGCGCAUUCCUCAGGCGGUCACGGCGAAAAACAGCUGGAGUGCGCCACAGAGUCCUCACGGUAGCCUGAAGCCGCCUCGGCCCUCGAUGAUCCCGACGACGACGGUAGCCAACGGAGGAGGAGGGACCCCGAAUCAGCUGCAGAAGUCGAGGGACGAACAUCACAAUCAGUAUUCCAACUCACCGUUUGGGCCGCAGGCUCCCAAAAAGGGUUUCGAGGCGUUCAUGAUGACCGGUGAUCUCAUUCUGAACCUCUCGAGGACGCCGCAAAGCUCCGGCAUACUGCCGCAGGCCAAGAAGGUCGAUAGUCUGAGGGACUCGCCGAGCCAUCGGGCCAGUACCAAGCGGAAAAACGGUGCCGUUGCACCGCACGCCAAGUGUGAUUCCUCGCCUAGUUCACCGGGUAGCAGCAGCAACAGCAAUAGCUGUUCCGAACACAACGACGGCGGCAGCAAACUGAAACCCCCGGGUCAGGAUUAUAAAUCCAAGAAGAGCCGUAGUCACGAGCUUCAGGUGGCGGCGGCGGAGGAUCAGAACACCGGAAGUUCGAUAGAAUCGAUAGUUAAUAGCAGUAGUAAAAAGCUGAGCGCCGGAAGCAAUCACAAUAACAAUCACAGCAGCAACAACAAUAAUCGGUUGAUGGAAGGUGGUGGGGAAGUGCGGGCCGAGGAGUUGGUCAACUCCCGGAACAGUAGUAGUGAGGCGGCAGCUUGUGGCGGGGCAUAUAGCAAUAGUGCCGGUAGCAGCGUGGAUGCCGAAGACGAAGACGAGAACCCGGACGAUUUGAUCGAUUUGCGAUCGAUGCGGACAAACACUAGCGGCUGUGUGUCGUCCUCGUUGCUCGGGGAGCGGAAUUCCGCCAGGCGGGACGUACGCUCCUCGGGUCCGGACGGCAGUUUUAAUAGUGUCACUGUCCAAGCGGAUGAUCGCACCGGAGCCGGCAGCGAUAGCGUCGACAGUAGUAGCGGAAGCAGCGGAGGCGUUGCCAAUGGGGAUUUGCACCACCGCUAUCAUCAAUCCAGUAGAAGUAAAUCUUCGUCGUCGUCCGGUGGCGGAGGAACAACCGUUAAAAGUGAAAGUUCCCCUGAAAUGAGCUACUCAGUGCCAACAUCUCCAACCUCUCUUUCGGCUGCCCCAAUCCUAGAAGGUUACUCCUCAUCACUAAAGAAACGGGAACUUCAACUGGCUAAUUCAGUCCCUACAAGUCCGGAAUCGGAAACGCAAGACAUCGUACGUCGGGGGGCAUCCUCUGGUCAUCAUCAUCAUCAUCACUACCAUCACCACCACCAUCAUCACCAGCAACAACACACUAGUAGCAACAGUCAGCAGCAGUCCUCCUCUAACAGUGGCGGUGCUGCUGCUGCCGGUCAAAGUGCCAGUCUCAUGAGUGCCAGCAGCAGCGGAGUAGUAAGGAAAUGUGAUGCCGCCGGUUUCCGCACCAGCCGAUCCGAGGAUCACCUGCAGCAAACGCAAAGGGAUGGCGGAAUCGGAGCGGUCGUGCCAAUCGACAUCGACGAAGAUGUCAACAGCUCACUGAACACCCUUCUGGACACACGGCACGAUUCGGAAGAGUCCCAAGGUUCCGAUCACGAUCGGAUAGUCUGGACCUACAACGCUCCGGUAUCGCAGGCCAACGGGGGCCAACCCCCGACAACCGGUACCGGAAUCAUCACAUCACCCAUUUCACACUCCAGCUCGAUGAGCUCCUCGCCGCAGCGAUCUGCCAGCGACAGUCCUGCCUCGCCAACAUCCGUGUCUUCAUCUGUGAUGUCCUCUUCGGGAUCCAAAGGUGCCAACGAUCAUACCCACAACGGGUACAGCAAUAGUGGCUUCGAGGGAGGCCGGGGAGGGGGAACGCACAGUAACCUACAAAGUUUAAGCUGCCAAAAUGGGGGUGGACCGGGUGGAGGCGGUGGCGAAGGUGGAGGUGGCGGAGGCACCUCCACCCUAGAUCAAAGCGUCUCCGAGGCCGUCUCCAACAUAUCCAGCCCGGACUACCAGGACGAGCACGAUCUGCUCAGUACCCGGGACCUGGCCGCGAUGGCCAUCAGCGAUCCCAGUGAUUCCGACUCGACGAUACUGGUUUCGGAAACCACGCAUCGGGUGCACGAUCGCGAUCGUGACCGUGAUCAUAAGAUUGUGAUACAGGUGAAGGGGAUGCACCAGCAGCUUCUGCAUCUGCACCAGCAGGAAAGCGUUCGCUACUCGGAAUCGACCGAGGACGAGCUAGCGGCCCUUGCCGACGAUAUGCCUACGAUCAUGCUCGGAGGGCAACAGGACGGUGGUCAAACGAUGGGCAACACUGGCCGGGAAUCUUCGCCACCCGUUUCCGAUGACGGUUCGGAUGUGGACUCGCUACACUCAUUCCACUACUCGCCCAAGGCGGUAGAUCUUCCGUCGGCGGAACGGCUCGCCAAGCGGCUGUACUACCUGGAAGGCUUCAAGAAGAGCGACGUUUCGCGGCAUUUGAGUAAAAACAACGAAUUUAGCCGUGCCGUGGCCGACGAGUACUUGAAAUUCUUCCUCUUCGAACGGUUAACGCUGGACGAGGCGCUGCGGCUAUUCCUAAAACAGUUCUCCUUGUCGGGUGAAACCCAGGAACGGGAACGAGUCCUGGUGCAUUUUAGCAAGCGGUACCUGGACUGCAACCCGGGAUCCUUCAACUCGCAAGAUGCGGUUCACACGCUUACCUGUGCAAUAAUGCUGCUCAACACGGACCUGCACGGGCCCAACAUCGGCCGGAAGAUGACCUGCUCCGAGUUCAUCGAGAACCUGAGCGAACUGAACGAUGGGGAAAACUUCCCCAAAGACAUCCUGAAGCAGCUGUACCAAGCGAUCAAGACGCAACCGCUGGAAUGGGCGCUGGACGACGAAUCGCCGGAUCAGCAGAAGAUGGGCCCCGGAGGACGGCAAGAUGGAAGCAUGGGUGGCGGCAACGGAGGUGGAAUGAUGCAAGGUCCACCGGCCGGGCAGAAUCCGUUCCUAGAUCAACCGCAACCGGCCGCAAUCGAGUACAAGAAGGGCUACGUGAUGCGGAAGUGUUGCUACGAAACGAACUACAAGAAGAGUUGUUGUGCUUUUCUUACAGCGCCGUUUGGCAAGCGAUCGUGGAAGAUGUUCUACUGCACCCUGCGUGAUCUAGUCCUGUAUCUGCACAAAGACGAGCACGGCUUCCGGAAGAACCAGAUGUCCGACAACGUGCACAACGCCAUCCGGAUCCACCACGCGUUGGCCACCAAGGCUAGUGACUAUACCAAAAAGCAGCACGUGUUCCGGUUGCAGACGGCCGACCAGUCCGAGUACCUGUUCCAGACGAGCGACUCGAAGGAGCUGCAAUCGUGGAUCGACACGAUUAACUUCGUGUGUGCGUCCUUCUCGGCGCCGCCGCUCGAGGGUGGCGUCGGCAGCCAGAAGCGAUUCCAGCGGCCGCUGCUGCCCUGUACCCAUACGAAACUUUUACUGCGAGAUCAACUGGCAUCGCACGAGGAGCAGGUUAACAAGCUGGAGAAUCUGUUGGCCGAACACAAACGGUCAACCAUCCCGACCAAGGGACUCGCACUGCAAAACUACAAGGAAAAGGAGGCUUAUCUGUUGCAUGAGCUAAAACGCUACAAAACGUACUACUAUCUGUUAAGUUCCCGAAUGAACUCGGACCAAUCGUUGGAUUUCGAAAACCUGCUGCAAGCCAUGGGCGGUGACGCGCUCGGUGGCAUCCUGCUGGAAUCGGACGAGAUCCUGCAGCGAAACCGGCAGAAUCUGAGCGGCGGUGGAGGUGGCGGCAUGAUCGGUAGCUUUGGCAGCGCGGGCGCCAACCAAACAUCGUCGAUCAUCCAGCAGCAACCGCAACUGCUGGGCAAUCAGCUACAGCAGCAGCUGGACAGCAUGACCACCGGUGGCAGCAACAACGGACCCAGCCCGGAUCGGAGUGGCGGCAGUAGCGUAUCCAACAGGAUCGAAAGUAGAAUGUUCAAAACCUGAAACGAUCCCGAUCCCGACCUCAACCUAUACAUCACAACUGCCUUUUACCAACUCAAUCAUGACUACCAUCAACAACAACAACAAGAACAAGAACAAUACCACCACCAUCACGCCCUCGACUUCCACCAUCAUUCAGCAGCUGCAGCAGUUCAACUGCCACCAACACCAACAACUCAAGAACCAUCACCUGAAGAACAUCAACAUCAUCAUCCGCUGGUGGCAUCGCCGGAAACGCUCAGCGAAGUUGGCAGCACUGGCAGCAAUCAAAGCGGCAGCUGCAAUAACGCCAUUGGUAUUGGUAGUGGUGGAAGUGCUGCCAGUAGUACAGGUGAUGCAUCUUGCUGCCCAACCGUACUGGCCGCCUUAGGUUCAACCCUGCGUUCCCUGUCCCAACUAUUGUUCCUGGACGCUUCGACAGCAACGCCACCUUCACAGCAGCAGCACUUGAAACCGUCGUCUGGCAGCAGCUUCAAAAUGGUGGCUAUCGGACAAAGUGUGUGAGUAUUGUGGAGAGUCUGUAGACUAUUGUUUCGUCUUUAGUUUCCCUUUUCCCCUAUUGUUUUCUGCUAAGCUGUCCGCCAACCUCGCGAAGAACGUUUUUCGAUUCCGACAAACGUGUUCGAUUUGUUUGUAAAUUUUAUGUUACCCCGAAUAUUUUAGAUAUUCGCUCAAACUUUGUACUGUUUAUCCUUUCGCUACUCUUCCAAAGUCUUUUCAAAAUCAUUCGAUUACGAAAUUGUUAGUUGAGUCAACUAUUUUUAUUAUUGUUUCGUUUUGACCGCUCCAGUAAGAGUGUGGUUUUCGGAUCUCCGUAGAUCAAAAUGUUCUAUGCUAAAAGAGAAAGAUUUCAAUCGAUUAUAAACAAUCGAAAAACAAGUGAAAAAAAGAUGGCGCUUUAAUUCAUCCAUUCUCGGAUUGGUUGGUUUGAUACGUAGAAGACAAACGAAUAGAUAGAAAUCCAAAAAGAAGAAAACACACACACACACACUCACACAUAUUCAACAGAAAAUGGAAACAUUCACAUAGAUACCUACGUAGUCUGUAAGCGAGAAAAAAAAAUCCAUGGGAAAAAGGGAAUCUGUGCCCGUGUUGGUGUGAAGCUGUUUUGUGGUUUAACCUGUUGUUGUUGGUUUUUAUUGAAGCACAGCCAAAAAGUGAAAAUAUUAACGCUAGAGCUAGGCAAGCUGAAGGAUUGUAGCAGAAUACCGGGAAAUUUUUGUUUUAUAUCCGUAACUUAUCGAAAAAAUUGGAAUUGUCUAAAUAAAAUUGUAAAAAGUGUUUUUUGACGAUUUAUUUUUUUGGGUAUUUUGAUUUCUGUUUUCCACUUUUUUUUUAAAUCACCUUUCUUGAUGAUCGAUUCCAAUUUUUCAAUCUUAAAUUUCUAUUUUCGAAUGUCGACUUUUGCUUUUUUUAACCCAAAAUACAAGACUCUUCACUCAAGGCGCUAGAUUGUUAGAGUAUCUCACUGUACAAGAAGGUUGCAAGAUUUUUUCCGCGCCGGACAAAUCUGGGCAAAUUAUUUAAAAACCUGGAAAAAUCCAGACAUUUGAUUUCAAAAUUGACGACUGAUAAUCCGGGCCAUAUCCAGAAAAAUUUAGUCGAAACCCAGAAAUUACUCAACAAAAAUCAAGAUAAAAAAUCGGUCAAAAACACAGAAUUUUUUCGGCAACUUUGUCUAAAUGCAGUCCGAAAAAAAUUCCGAAGUUUUGAGUCUUAAGCGUUAUUAUUAUUAUGUCUUGAGUCUAAAGGCUGAAGUCUUCAGUAUUGUGUCUUAAGUCUGAAGUCCUAACCCUUAAGUCCUAAUUCCCAAGUCUCAAGUGCGAAGUUUGAAGUCUUGAGGCUUCAUUCUGUAAUCCUACGUCUUUGGCCGAAAGUCUUGAAACUUUGAUACAUUUAAAGUAUCAGAUCUCAAAUCGUCAAGUCUUGAGACUUAGAGCUAACGUUUGAGGUCCUUAUUUCCAAGUCUUGAGUUUUGAGCCUUGAGCCGCAAGUUUUGAGUCUUCAAUCUUAAUACUUGAGUCUUUAAUCUUAAACCUUGAGUCAUACGUCUUAAGCUUAGAGUUUUGAGUCUUAAAUCUCCAAUACUGUUCUGAAGCCAGAAGUCUUAGGGUGAAAGUCUUAAAUAUGAGUCUGAAGUUCUCAAUCUCAGUUCUAACGUCUGAAGUCUUGAAUCUCAAGUCUAUUGUCCUUAGUAUUAUGUCAAGUCUUAUGUCUUAAGUCUUAAAUACUAGGUCGGUCUUGAAUCUUAAGUCUCGACUCUUGAGUUUUGAAAUUUAAGUUUUAAGUCUCAAGUUGUUAGUGCUGAAUCAAAAGUCAAAUCUUACCUUGAAAGUAUUGAAAAUUUGAAGGGGUUUUAAGAGUCUGUGAGUUUUAAGAGUUUUUAUAGACUUAAGUGUCCUGACAGUUGUCAGACUUUUAUGAUUUUCGAUUGAGAAUUUUUUUUUUGAGAAUAUUGAACUUCUAAAUUUUAAGAUUUUUGAAAGUCUGAGAAUCUUGAAGACCUUACGAAUUUUUAUAGUCUUGAGAGCUUUGUGAAUAUUGGGAGUCUUGAGAAUCUUCAGAAUUUUGAAUUUUUUAGAACUUAGUCUUCAACUUAGUGCUGAGAGUCAUUUCAAGUAUCAAAUCUUAAAUUGUAAGUCUGAAGUCUUAGAGCUAACGCUUGAGGCCUUGAGUUUCAAGUCUUAAGUUUCAAGUCUCGAACCGCAAGUUUUGAGUCUUCGAUCUUAAAACUUGAGUCUUUAAUUUUAAGCCUUGAGUAUUAAGUCUCAAGUCUUAAAUCUCUAAUAUUUAGACUGAAAUAAGAAGUCUUAGGGUUAUAGUCUCGUAAUUUAAGUCUGAAGUCUGAAGUUUUAAUUCUCAAGUCUAAAGUCUGAAGUCUCGAAUCUUAAGUCUAUUGUCCUGAGUCUUAUGUCAAGUCUUAUGUCUUAAAUAUUAGGUCGGUCUUCAGUCUUGAAUCCUAAGUUUCGAAAUUUAAGUUCUUAGUCUCAAGUUGUGAGUGCUUAAUCUGAGGUCUCUCAAAUCCUACCUUGAGAGUUUGGGGAAUUCGGAGGGCUUUUAAGAGUCUGAGAAUCUUGAGAAUUUCGAGAAUUCCAAAAAUCUUGAGAGUUUUAUGGCUAAGAAUUUUGAGGACUUAAAAAAUCUGUAGGACUUGAAAGUUUUCAAAGUUUUGAAAUUCUUGAGAGCCUUGUGAUUUCCCGAAUUCCGUAAGGACUGCGAAUUUGGAUACUCUGGAGAUCUGUGAGUUUUGACAAUCUUCAAUGUUUUGACAUUUUCGAGAGCCUUGUGAGUCCUUAAAUUUCGUUAGAGCUGAGAAUUUUUGAGAGUCUGGAGAAAUGAACGACUUUCGGACAAUUUUGAGCGGCUGAGAGUCUUGAGUGUCUCAAAACUUUUCAGUGACUUGUUGGGAGUUUUAAGGGUUUUGGAAGUCUCGAAUUUUGAUUCAGAAUUUUGAGCGUUUGAGAAUUUUAAGAGUCUUCAGUGUCUUGAGGGUAGUCAGAGUUUUAGAAUUUUUGAGUUUUUAAGUGUCUUACAAUUUUAAGAGCCUUAAGAAUUGAGAUUAUUUUGAAAGUUUUAAGAAUUCUGAGACACUUCAGAACACCAAGAUUUUUGAAAGUCUGAAAGUCGCAAGAGCUUUACGAUUUUUGAAAAUCUAGAGAAUUUGAUCAUAAAUCAUUUUUAAAGAUUUUCUGUAGUCUCGUGAGUUUUCAGAAUAUUGAGAUCUUUUAGAAUCUUAUGUGUCACGAGAGUUUUGAGGAUUUUUAAAAUCAUCAGAACUGUGAGAAUGUUGAGAGUUUUCAAAAUCAGAAUUGUGAGAGUCUUAAAAAUUUUUAAGGCUUUGGGAGUCCCGAAAGUUUUGAACGCCUUCGGAUUUAAAAUUUUUUUGAGAGUUUUGAGGGCCUAGAAGAGUUUAUAGAGUUUCGAGAGACUUUAGUGUCUUGUGAAUCUUCAAAAUUGAAGAGCUUUUAGAGUCCCACAUUUCUGUGGGUUGUGAGAAUCUUCAGAACUUUGAGCAUGUUCAGAACUUUAUAAUUUUUUUAAUGAUUGAAAAUUCUUAAAAGCUUGAAAAUCUUGAGAGUUUUAUAACUUUCUACACUCAAGAUUCUCAAAAUCUCGACUGUUGAAUCAUCCAAAAUUCUUUAGACUUUCAGAACUUGAAAAAUUUGAAGAAUAUCAAAUAUUACAAAGAUCUGACUCUCAAAACUUUCAAAAGUCUCAAGAUUCUGAAGACUAUAACAAUUCUUUAGACUUUCAAGGUGUUCAAAUCUAUCACCACACUCAGACUUCCAAGACUCUUAUUUUUUCAGGAAUUUAAAGACGAUUUGGAGACUUUCAAAAUUUUUAAGACUCUCAAGGUUUCCAAAACUCUCAAGACUCUCAGAAUAUUCAUCAUUUUUAAGACAGUUAAAGCUCUCAAAUCUCUCUUUUUUCGGGCUUUCGUCCUACGUGAUUCAUCCCUAAAUUAAAAUCUUUCCAGACUCAGACGCGAAAGAUUUAAAUUUUUUGAAUCAUCCUUUAGGAUGAAAAUCCUGGAAAAAGAGAGAUUUAAGAGCCUUAACAGUCUUAAAAAUGAUGAGGAUUCUGAGAGUCUUGAGAGUUUUGAGAGUUUCCAAAUCGUUGUUAAAAUAACAAGUUUAACAGCUUUAGUCUUUAUUCCUAAAAAAAAAAAAGUGUUGGAAGUCUGAGUGUGUUGAUAGUUUUGAAAGCCUUGAAAGUCUUCAAAAUUUUGAGAUUUUUGAAAGUUUGAGAUUCUUCAUAUAUUUGUGAAGUUUGGUAUUCUUCAAAUUCAGAAAAUUCAGUUCUGUCAGUUCAGAAAGUCUAAAGAACUUUGGAUGGCUCAAUAGUCGAGAGUUUAAACUCUCUUAAGUGUCUUAAAAAUUCUAAAAAUUUUGAGGGAUUAUGAAUUUCCAAAAGCCUUGGGACUCUUGAGAAUUUUGAGGGUUUGAAAGUUUUGAACAUUUUUAAGAUUUUGGAGACUUUUGAGAGCAUUGAGAGUUUUAAGAGUCUUCAAAACUUUUAGGUUUGUUGAAGUCUUGAGAGUUUUGAGAGCCUCGUAAGUCCUGAAAUUCUGGAUUUUGAAAGUCUGGCUGGAAAGUCUUGAACAAUUUGACAGUUUGGAGAAUUUUGAGAGUGUGAAGUUAGAUUACCUGAGUGUCGGGCUGAAUUUUGAGGGUUUUGAAAGUUUUGAACAUUUCGAAAAUUUUGGAGACCUUUGAGAGCAUGGAGAGUGUCAAAAGUCUUCAGAGCUUUUAGAUUUUUUGGAGUCUUGAGAGUUUUUGGAGUCUCGUGCGCCCUGAAAUUUCGUGGAUUUCCAGAAUCUGUAGAGUCUUGAGAUAUUUUAGAGUUUGGAGAAUUUUGAGAGUCUGAAGUUUGAGCGACAAAGAGCCUUGAGUGUCUUAAGAUACUGACUUGAAAGUCUUGAAAAUUUUGAGAGUCGCGAAAAUUUUCAAAAUUUUGAGCAUCUUAAGAGUCUGUGAAUUUUAAGAGUUUUGAGAGCCUUGAGUGUCUUGGCAGGUGUCAGAAUUUAAAGAUUUUCAAGUCUUGAGUGUCCAAGAAGAUAUUGAUAGCCUUGAUAAAAGAAAUUUUAAGAAUUUUAAACUGUCUUGAGAAUUUUGAACUUCAACAUCUUAAGAUUUUUGGAAGUCUGACAGUCUUGAAGGCCUUACGAAUUUUUUAAGUCUUGUGAGUUUCAUGAAUUUAUGAUAACUUAAUCCUCAAAAUUUUGAGAGAGCUGACAGUUGUUUGGAUUACCUUUGGAAUUUGGUGCCUCAGCAGUCGAGAGUUUUAAAAGUCUUUAAUGUCUUUAAAAUUUUAAGAAUUUUAGGGGUUUAUGAAUUUCCAAAAGCUUUGAGAUUCUUGAGAAUUUUGAGGGGUUUGGAAGUUUUGAAAGUUUUGAAUAUUUUGAAAAUUUUGAGACUUCUGAAAGCAUUGAGAAUUUUAAGAGUCUUCAGAACUUUUAGAUUUUUUAGAGUCUUGAGUGCCUCGUGAGUCCUGAAAUUUUGUGGAUUUUCAGAGUCUGGGAAAUUUGAGAGUUUGGAGAAUUUUGAGUGCCUGAGAGCUUGAAAGUCAUAAAAAAUUUUGAAAGUCAUAAGAAAAUUUUCAUAAUUUUGAGCAUCUUAAGAAUCUGUGAGUUUUAAGAGUUUUGAGAGCCUUGAGUGCCUUGAUAGUUGUCAGAAUUUUAAGAUUUUCGAGCCUUGAGUGUCUAAGAAGAUAUCGAUAGCUUUGAGAAUAAGAAGUUUUGAGGAUUUUAAACUGUCUUGAGAAUUUUGAACUUCAAAAUUUUAAGAUUUUUGAAAGUCUGAGAGUCUUGAAGACUUUACGAGUUUUAAAAGUCUUGAAAGUUUUUUUUGAAUAUUCGGAGUCUUUUGAAUCUUCAGAAUUUUGAAUUUUAUUAAAACUGAAUCCUCAAAAUUUUGAGAGUGCUGAGCGUCAUUUGGAUUGCCUCUGGAUUUGGAUGUCUCAACAGUCGAGAGUUUCAAAAAAUCUUGAGUGUCUUCAAAAUUAUAGGAAUUUUGCGGGUUCAUGAAUUUCUAAAAACCUUGAGAUUCUUGAGAAUUUUGAGGAUUUUGAAAGUUUUGAACAUUUUUUUAAAUUUGAGAGACUCUUGAGAGCAUUGAGAGUUUUAAGAGUCUUCAGAACUUUUAGAUUUGUUGAAGUCUUGAAAGUUUUGAGAGCCUCGUGAUUCCUGAAUUUCUGUGGAUUUUUACAGUCUGUCUGGAGAGUCUUGAGAAAUUUGAGAGUUUGGAGAAUUUUGAGUGUCUGAAGUUUGAGUGCCCGAGAGCCUUGAGUGUCUUUGAAGGCUGACUUUAAAGUCUUGGGGGCUUUGGGUCUUGACAGGUGUCAGAUUUUUAAGAUUUUCGAGUCUUGAGUGUCUAAGAAGAUGUUGAUGAGCCUUGAAAAUAAGAAGUUUUGAGCAUUUUGAACUGUCUUAAGAAUUUUGAACUUAAAAAUUUUAAGAUUUCUGAAAGACUGAGAGUCUUGAAGGUCUUACGAAAUUUUUAAGUCUUGAGAGCUUUGUGAAUAUUCGGAGUCUUUUGAAUCUUCAGAAUUUUGAAUUUUAAUAGAACUGAAUCCUCAAAAUUUGAGAGUGCUGAGAGUCAUUUGGAUUGCCUUUGGAGCUUUGGGAGUAUCGAAAAUUUUUAAAAUUUUGAACAACCUAAGAAGCUGUGAGUUCUAAGAGUUUCGAGAGCCUUGAGUGUCCCCAAAAAUCUAGGAAUUUUGAGUGUUUAUGAAUUUCAAAAGCCUUGAGAUUCUUGAGAAUUUUGAGAGUUUUGAACAUUUUGAAGAUUCUUAAAAGCAUUGAGAGUUUUAAGAGUCUUUAGAAGUUUUAAAUUUUUUUGAGAGCCUCGUGAGUCCUGAAAUUCUGUAGAUUUUAAGAGCCUGGAUACUCUUGAGAAAUUUGAGAGUUUGGAGAAUAUAGAGUGUCUGAAGUUUGAGUGUUUUAGAGCCUUGAGUGUCUUAAGAGAGUGACUUGAAAGUCUUAGGAGUUUUGAGAGUCUCGAAACUUUUCAAUAUUUUGAGCAUCUUAAGUAAUAAUCUGUGAGUUUGAAGAGUUUUGAGAGCCUUGAGUGUCUCCAAAAUUCUAAAAAUUUUGAGUGUUUAUGAAUUUCAAAAGCCUUCAGAUUCUUGAGCAUUUGGAGGGUUUUUAUAGUUUUGAACAUUUUGGAGAUUAUUAAAUGCAUUGAGAGUUUUGAGAGUCUACAGAACUUUUAGAUUUUUUGAAGUCUUGUGAAUCUUGAGCCUUGUGAAUCCCACAAUUCUGUGGAUUUUGACAGUCUGGAGAGUCUUGAUAAAUUUGAAGUUUGGAGAAUUUCGAGAGUCUGAAGUUUGAGUGCCUGAGAGCCUUGGGAGUUUUGAGAGUCUCGAAAAUUUUGAGAAUCUGUGAGUUUCAAGAGUUUUGACAGCCUUGAGUGUCUUGAAAGUUGUCUGAAUUUUAAGAUCUUCGAGUCUUGAAUGUCUAAGAAGAUAUUGUCUCCAGAAUAAGAAGUUUUAAGGAUUUUUAACUGUCUUGAGAAUUUUGAACCAGAAAAUUUUAAUUUUUUAGAAAGGCUGAGAGAUUUGAAGGCCUUACGAUUUUUUAAAGUCCUGAGAGUUUUGUGAGUUUUGGGAGUCUUGAAAAGCUUCAUAAUUUUGAAUUUGAUUAGAAUUAAAUCCUCAAUCCUCAAUUUUAAGAGAGCUGAGAGUCAUUUCGAUGGCCCUUAGAUUUGGAUGCCUCAACAGUCGAGAGUCUUAAGAGUCUUGAGUGUCUUCAAAAUUUUAGGAUUUUUUUUCGUUUUGAAUGUUUUGAAGAUUUUGGAGACUUUUGAGGGCAUUGAGAGUUUUAAAAGUCUUCAAAACUUUUAGAUUUAUUGGUGUCUUGAGAAUUUAAGAGACUUGUGAGUCCUGAAAUUCUGUGGAUUUCGAGAGUCUGAAGUUAGAGUGGCUGAAAGUCUUGAGUGUUUUUUGAGACUAACUUGUUGAAAGUCUUGGGAGUUUUGAGAAUCUCGAAACUUUUCAACAUUUCAACAUCUUAAGAAUCUGUGAGUUCUGAGAGUUUUGAGAGCCUUGAGUGUGUCUCCAAAAUUUUAGAAAUUUGAAGUGUGUUUGAAUUUCAAAAGCCUUGAAAUUCUUGAGAAUCUUGAGGGUUUUUAAUGAUUUGAACAUUUUGGAGAUUUUUAAAAGCAUUGGGAGUUUUAAGAGUCUUCAGAACUGUUAGAUUUUUUUAAGGUCUUGAGAGCCUCGUGAGUCAUGAAAUUCUGUGGACUUUGACAGUCUAGAGAGUUUUGAAAAAUUUGAGAGUUUGGAGAAAUUUGAGAGUUCGAAGUUUGAGUUCCUGAGAUCCUUGAGUGUCUUUCGAGACUGACUCGGAACCUGACUUGAGAGUUUUUAAAGUCUCGGAUUUUUUAAAAAUUUUAAGCAUCAUAAGAAUUUGUGAGUUUCAAUAGUUUUGAGAGCAGUGUCUUGACAGUUGUUUGAAUUUUGAGAUUUUGGAGCCUUGAGUGUUCAAGAAGAUAUUGAUAGCCUUGAGAACAUGAAAUUUUAAGGACUUUGAACUGUCUUGAGAAUAUCGAACGUCAAAAUUUUAAUUUUUUUUAAAGUUUUAGGAUCUUAAAGGCCUUACGAAUUUUUAAAGUAUCGAGAGUUUGGUGAAUAUUGGGAGUCUUGAGAAGCUUCAGAACUUAGAAAUUUUAUAGAACUUAAUUGUUCUGAGAGUUUCGAGAACCUUGAGGGUCUAAAGAAUUUUAAGAGUUUUUAGAACUUUGAAUAGUUUCUAAAAAUGUUCAAGAGCUUCAAAAGUUCUUAAAAUUUUGAGAGCCCUUAAAACUUUUAAACGUCUUCAGAAUCUCUAAAACUUUGAUAAUUUACAGAAUUUGAAUUUGAGUGUCUAGAAAAUCAGGAGUCUUAAGAGUUUUGAGUGUCAAAAUUUUAAGAAUUUUGGGGGCUUAUGAAAAUAGGCUUUGAGAGUCUUGAGAGUUUUGAGAACCUCGAGAGUAUUAAGAAUUUCAAGAGUCUUUAGAGCUUCAAGAUUUUUUCUGAGUUUCAAAAGUUCUCGAAAUUUUGAGAGUUUAAAAACUUUCAAACGUCUUGAGAAUCCCUAAAAUUUUCAGAAUUUUCAGAUUUUUGAGAGUUUUUAAAUAACUUAGAAUUUUCUAAUUUUUGCAAGAAGAAAAGUCUGAGGAAUUUUGAGAGAUUUGAGAGACUGGAAAAUUUUGAGUGCCUUGAGAGUCAGUAGCAUUUCGAGAUUCCGAGAUUUUUAUAGGUUUUUAGAGUCUUGAGAGUGUUGAGAGCUUUGAGAAAAUCGAAAUUUUAAAAGAGCCAUUAAAAUUUUUGGAGUUUUAAAAAUUUUUAAAAUUUUGAGAUUUUUGGGAUUCUGAUAGUUUUAAGAGUUUUUAGAACCUGAAUUGUUUAAAAAAAAUUGAGGCUUUUAAGAAUGUUCAGAAUUCUGAAAUUUUAGUGACUCUUGAAGGUCUGAGAAUUUUAAGAGUCUUGAAAAUCUGUGAGUUUUGAGAGAUUUUUGAAAGUCUUGGAAUUUUCGAGAACCAGAUAGUCUUAAGCGUAUGAAGAGUUUUGGAAGUCUCGAGCGUUUUGAGAGUCUCAAGAGCCUCGAAAGUCUUAAAAAUCUGAGAGUUAUAAGAGUUUUUAGAAUUUUGAAAGCUUUGAAGGGCUUGAGUAUCUGAGAAUGUUUAUGGAUUUUCUGGAACAUUGAGAGUCAGAACAUUUUUCGCUUGACUCAAGAUGACGCUGGACUUUUAAGAUUUUAUUUUAGAAAUUUGAUUUUCGUUUUUUUUUCAAAUCUUCAAUUCUUGAAAGAGUUGUAAUACAUAACCAUAAAAUUGUAUGCGAAAGGAAGACAAAAGUAGGAGAAUUUUCUCGAAAAACGUGCUAAGUUGUUCAUUAAUUAAUUAUGCUGUACGUGAUUAUUUUCCGGAAAGACGAAAGAAAAACCUAAAAAUCACAAGAAAAACUUAAUAAAUGGCAAGGUAAAAAACUGAAAACAAUAAAAAUCUGAUUCAACACGAAUGCUGCCACCUAGUGAAAGCAGUAAAGAAAACUAUUUACCCUUAAAAAGUCACGAUAAAAUCGACUAGGUAGAACAGCAAAAAUCAAGGAAACGCUCAAUGAAUGAAUAGUGUAACUUUUUUUUUGGAAUUUAGUCAAUAGGAAAAAAACGAAAAUCCCAAAGCGGAAGAUGCGCCAAUAUUACUAGUAUUCGCCCUUUCGAUUAGCGCCACUUAGUAGAAGAAAAGAUGCAACAACGAGGUGAGAGACGGAUUGAAUCGAAACAAAAUCACCAAAACACACACACACAGACAGCUACUAAUGUAAGUUUAUGUGUGGUAUGUGGAAAAAAUGUCUGCACGAAUCCUCCCCUUUUUUCGGAACAAAGUUAAAACUUGUAUGUGUGCCACAGUUUUAUGUCGAUAUACCUAAAAGAAGAAAAAGAGGAGAAAAGUGAACAAAAAAGCAACACAGAAUAGAUGUAUGUAAUCACCACACGUUACUAUACUUAUGUAGGUAUAAAGAAAACAGUCACAAGUUACGAUAGGAAAAAUUUGCAUGUGAAAAUUCUUUCCGAGAUACGAAAUUAUUCUUUACAAAACGGUGUGUAGAAUGUGAAUAAACCAUUAACUUAUACAUUAUGUAGGUAUUCAAAGAAGAAGAUACGAAAAUGAGGCAAGGACUUGUGGCAAGAGAGAAAGAAUUCGGAACAGGAAAAGCUAACGCAAUAGAUGCGGUCAGACACACAUAAAAUGAGCAUCCCUAUACAACUAGAACGCGUUGCAUUGUUUUAUACAUAUAUUCAUAUUUAUAUUUAAUGGAUACAAUGGACAUAGAGCAAAAAAAAAAAGAUCUAAUCACAGUCUCCGAUCAAUCAUUUUUAAGAGGAAACAACAACCAUAAAUUAUAUGUUUUCUCAACAAAAAUCCAAGAUGAGGGCACUAGAAACCAUACAUCCUGUACUCUUCCUAUGAACUUGUAAAUUUUCACUCACCCCUCUAUUCCUAGGAAGAAAAUCAAAAAUCGAAGGUUAAAGUUCGUUUAAAAAAACUAAACUAAUAGAUGCCAGGGAGACAGUAAUGCAAUUGAUUGUUUCCCGAGAGAACGAAAAAGAGAGACGAAUAGAUGAAGAGAAGAGGAAGAAAGGGAAUUUUUGGAGACUGUUUGACCAGACCCCACAUGACUGGCGCUCCCCUUAUUAUAAACCUAUACAUUUAUAACAUAUAAUUGCGUGUGAAUCCUUCUAAAGGAUAACGAACGAUGCUGAUAAAGCUUUGUGAGGAAAGAAUUGUGAAGAAAGUGAAAAACGAAACGAGAGAGUUUAAGUAAAAAAGAAAAGAGAAAAAAACAAACCUACUACCGUAACUUUAUUAUGUUGAUUUUAGUGAAACAAACAAAAUAAAAAGGAAGAAAAUAAAAAAACAACAGAGAAUCAGUAAUUUAAUAUAUUGAAAAUAAAACAAAAAAGAAAGUACUAUACCCGGGGAUAGGUUCGCGCUGCCCUGCUUUGAUAAAUAAUAAGAAAAUAAUUUAAUUAAAACAAAAAAAAAACAUGGAAAACAAAAUAGACGAAUAAUGUACGUGGUUUUUUGACGUUAUCUCGCGCAGUCUCUACAUAAACAUAGUAUUACCAAAACGUUAUUCUUACAAAAACAAAAAAAACAACAGACACAAGGAAAAGAUUAAGAGAACAUGAUUCAAUUAACGAAGAAGACGAAGAAAAAAAAACUAAUGAUCGCAUGUUAUGAAACGGAAAGUAACACACAGUAACUAGAGAUAAUCGAAAAGGUUAGGAGAGAGACCUACUUGAAAAGGAAAAAUAAAACAAAAAUUAAGGAAACAGAAAGAGAGGAAAACCCGUAUUUGCGUAUGUAAAAAAAACCGGAAGAGGAAAAAAGCAAAAAAAAAAACCAUAACCGUGAAGAAAGUUACAUAAAAACAGAAUUUAAUUGAAAA